AGAACAAGGAGAGCAACUUGAGUGAAAACUACAAGGAUGACGUGUAUCUCGGGGUCCUUCGGACUUCCGGGUUGUGGAAAAACACAGGCUGUAAACGGAGUGGCUUGCUUAAAAUAUGUCCAAAGUAACGUUUAAAAUCACCCUGACGUCGGACCCCCGGCUGCCGUACAAAGUAUUAAGUGUCCCAGAAAGCACGCCGUUCACUGCUGUUUUGAAGUUUGCAGCCGAGGAGUUCAAAGUGCCAUCAGCAACCAGUGCGAUAAUAACAAAUGAUGGAAUAGGAAUCAACCCUGCCCAGACAGCAGGGAACGUGUUUCUAAAACACGGCUCGGAGCUGCGCAUCAUUCCCAGAGACAGAGUGGGAGGACAAGGAGACUGACUUAUGCUGCCUCUCCUCGUCGACGGCAUCAUGACUCACCCAGCAGAAUCAUAUAACACUUCAGGCCCAGGAAACACCUCAGCGUGUCUCAUAUUUAUGUCCUGCCCCUCCACUGACAGUGUCUCACAUGAGAAUAUCCAUAUUUAAACUCAACGAUGACACAAAUACAUUUUCACGGUCCCUGCAUCUUCAUUCUCAGCCAAGUUCAAAAGUUAAAGAGACAGGGAUGGAGACGGCAGAGAUGCUGAGUAAUAAUUCUAUACAGCGCCGACGGUAGCUGUGUAUCGAUUGGCUAAAAUUGAGGAUAGAAGCCGAGUCGGUGGUGGCUUUUGUAUCUUUGUAAACGUGACUGAAAAAUCUGUAUAACCAACAAAACAUUCUACUAUUUUUACUUUUGUUUUUACUGGCAUUUCAUGGCAGCAUGAGAGCCCCCACCACCCCCCACUGCGGUUUUAAGGAUAACUGCCACUUUAUAAGUGGUCCUUGCUGCACAUUUUUUUUCUUUUUAGUUCCAGUAUGUUGUCAGAAAAGUUUUCCUCAAACCCAAAACAACAUGAGUCAUAGAUUCGUACUGAACUUGUUUUGUGGACCAGAUGCUUCAUAGAAGACUAAUCUCAGAUAAAAAUAUGAAACCAUUCCGUCUCCCAGGAAGUACAUGGCUCUUUGCUGCCCCCUGUCUGCUCACAUAUGAACACCGCUUUGUACCAUGUACUAUGUCUGUAUUUAUGUAGUUCAUCAAUUAUCUUAACACAGAAAAUCCUGAAAUUAUUUGAUUUGUAUGGGUAGCUUAAUAAUGAACUGAUGAUUACAAUUAAAAUAAAAAAUGAUAAUAAUAAAAGAAGCUUCCACGAAGCUGUGUUUAACAUGCAAACAUGUUGUGAUAAUUACAGCAUCAGUACAGAUCACCCAGCCCCAAAAACACUGAUUUCAUCUUUUUAUCUGGGAAAUAAAUG